AUGAUGGGUGGCAGCGUGCUAUGGUUUCGGCAUGGACUGCGUCUGCACGACAAUCCGUCGUUGCAGGCAGCGUUACAAGAUAGGAGUAUACCCUUCUUUCCUGUUUUCAUCUUUGACGGAGAGACGGCAGGCACUAAAGAAGUGGGGUAUAAUCGGAUGCGGUAUUUGCUCGAGGCCUUGAACGAUUUGGACAUCCAGUUUAACAAGUAUGGCGGAAAACUUCACAUGAUAAAAGGGAAGCCCGAUGUUGUAUUCCGACGUCUUUGGGAGGAACUCGGUAUUCGCAAGAUUUGCUUUGAACAGGACUGUGAGCCCAUAUGGCGCGCUCGUGAUGAGCGCGUGCGAAACCUCUGCCGAGAAAUAGGAGUGUCGUGCUGUGAAAACGUCUCUCAUACCCUAUGGGAUCCAGAUAAAGUCAUAAACGCUAACGGUGGCAUUCCACCACUGACCUAUCAGAUGUUUCUGCAUACUGUUGGAAUCAUUGGCAACCCACCUCGCCCUGUGGAUGACGUAGACUUGAAAGGAGUCAACUUUGGUACUCUUCCUAAAAGCUUCUAUGAAGAAUUUACUGUUUUCGAUAAGUCCCCAAAACCGGAAGAUUUGGGAGUUUUUUUGGAAAACGAGGACAUUCGCAUGAUACGUUGGGUUGGUGGUGAGACAGCCGCGUUGAAUCAGAUGCAGAACCGUCUGGCCGUCGAAUACGAGACUUUUCUCAGAGGCUCGUAUUUACCGACGCAUGGUAACCCUGACUUGCUCGGAUCGCCUAUUUCCUUGAGUCCAGCACUUCGUUUUGGCUGCCUCUCAGUUCGCCGAUUCUAUUGGUCUGUCCAAGAUCUGUUCCAACAAGUGCAUCAAGGGCGUCUCUCUGCGACUCAGUUUAUCACUGGUCAACUCAUAUGGCGCGAAUAUUUCUACACCAUGAGCGUGAACAAUCCAAACUACGCGCAGAUGGCCGGCAAUCCUAUAUGCUUGGACAUACCCUGGAAGGAGCCAGAAAACGAUGAACUUCAAAGAUGGAAGGAGGGCCGCACGGGGUUCCCGUUCGUGGACGCGGCCAUGCGGCAACUGCGCACGGAGGGCUGGCUGCACCACGUCGUGCGCAACACUGUCGCCUCCUUCCUCACGCGCGGCACGCUGUGGCUGUCCUGGGAGCACGGCCUGGCGCACUUCCUCAAGUACCUGCUGGACGCCGACUGGUCGGUGUGCGCCGGCAACUGGAUGUGGGUAUCGUCGAGCGCGUUCGAGGCGCUGCUGGACUCGGGCGAGUGCGCGUGCCCGGUGCGGCUGGGGCGCCGCCUGGAGCCCACCGGCCAGUACGUGCGCCGCUACGUGCCCGAGCUGGCGCGCAUGCCCGUCGAAUACAUCUACGACCCGUGGAACGCGCCGCUGCAGGUGCAGCAGCGCGCGGGCUGCGUGGUGGGGCGGCACUACCCCGCGCGCGUCGUCGACCAGCGCGCCGCCGCGCAGCGCAACCGCGCCGCGAUGCAGGAACUACGUCGAAUGCUCGAAAAGGUACCACCUCAUUGCUGUCCUUCUUCGGAGGAUGAGGUUCGCCAGUUCAUGUGGCUCGGGGAAGAGACUCAGGCUGAGGUUUCUACAUCUUAAAAACGAUGAUAUUUUAUACACUAUUAUCUGAACUUUUCUUAUUUUUUACAGGAAAUACCAUAUUUAGUCGUUAUAUAUUUUUAUAUGUUGAUUUUUAAAGAUCUGAAAAUGUUUUGAACAAAUAGUAAAAUGUAUUUUCAGAAGUAAGUGCCAAAGCCAAAUCUAAUAUUUUGUUGUAGGUAUUUAAAUUUCUCACAGAUUUAGAAAAAUAAAAACAAUAGUUUAUUAA